AGGGAAUGGAAUUAUCAUGGGCAGCUUUGGGAUUAUCUCCCUUGCUUGGUGGAAUCAAGACGCUGACAGAAGCUCCAACUCCGGGUCGUGUGUCCUUUGAGGAAGUGGCGGUCUAUUUCUCCAAGGAGGAGUGGUCUCAACUGGAUUCUCACCAGAAAGCCCUACAUGGGGAAGUGAUGCUGGAGAAUUCCAGGAAUGUAGCUUCUCUGGGAAGUGAUGGCCAGUGUGAAGUGAUUCAGGACGGAGAAGGGAAACAGGAGUUUAGAAAUUGGACACAGUCCAGAAUUCCUGAGAAGAACAAGUCAAUACCUAGGAAUAAGAAACCAACAUCCAAGUGUGUGCAGAAUGAAAAUAUUCUUGCCCAUCAAAAUCCCAAAGGAAAAAUAAGGACAAAAGGUUUAGGGAAAAGUGUGAAAGUACCAAAAGACCAUUUAAAUUUGGAUAUGCGCAACAGAACCAACGUUAGAAGAAACCAAAAUGGGUGCAGGGAGAAUGAAAACAGUUUGAGCUGGAGAGUCAAAAUGGGAGAGAAGCCAUAUAAAUGCAUGGAGUGUGGAAAAACUUCAGCAGUAGCAGUUCCCUCACAUGUCACAAAAGGAUCCACACAGGGGAGAAACCCUAUAAAUGUACUGAGUGUGGAAAGAGCUUCAGGUGGAGCAAUCAACUGACUUCCCAUAAAAUGAUCCAUUUGGGUGUGAUACCCUAUAAAUACACCGAGUGCGGAAAAAGCUUCCAGGAAAACGGAUCCCUUACUUCACACAAGAGAAUCCACACAGGGGAGAAGCCGUAUAAAUGCACAGAAUGUGGGAAAAUAUUUCGGAAAAGGAGUUCACUUACUCCCCACCAAAGGAUCCACACAGGGGAAAAACCCUACAAAUGUACAGACUGCGGAAAGAGCUUCAGUCAAAACAGUAACCUUAUUUCACAUAAAAGGAGCCAUUCAGGGGAAAAACCCUAUAAAUGUAUGGAAUGUGGGAAGAGUUUCAUGUGGAACGGUCAGCUUACAUCACAUAAAAGCGUCCAUACAGGGGAAAAACCCUAUAAAUGUGUAGAUUGCGGGAGCUUCAACAACAGCAGUCACCUGACUUCCCAUAAAAGAAUCCACUUAGGGGAGAAACCAUAUAAAUGUCUGGAGUGUGGAAAGAGCUUCCGUGAAAAUGGGUCUCUGACUUCACACAAAAGGAUCCACAUAGAAGAAAAACCAUAUCAAUGUGUGGAAUGUGGGAAAAUAUUUCAAAGGAAAGGUUCCUUUAUUUCUCAUAAAUGUACCCGUACCGAAGAGAAACCCUAUAAAUGUCUGGACUGCGGGGAAAUAUUCCGAAAAAGCAGCUUCCUUAUUUCCCAUAAAAGAAUCCACACAGGGGAGAAGCCGUAUAAAUGCACAGAAUGUGGGAAAAUAUUUCGGAAAAGCAGUUCACUUACUUCCCACCAAAGGAUCCACACAGGGGAAAAACCCUACAAAUGUACAGACUGCGGAAAGAGCUUUAGUCAAAACAGUAACCUUAUUUCACAUAAAAGGAGCCAUUCAGGGGAAAAACCCUAUAAAUGUAUGGAAUGUGAGAAGAGUUUCAUGUGGAACAGUCAGCUUACAUCACAUAAAAGCAUCCAUACAGGGGAAAAACCCUAUAAAUGUGUAGAUUGCGGGAAAAGCUUCAACAACAGCAGUCACCUGACUUCCCAUAAAAGAAUCCACUCAGGGGAGAAACCAUAUAAAUGUCUGGAGUGUGGAAAGAGCUUCCGUGAAAAUGGGUAUCUGACUUCCCACAAAAAGAUCCACAUAGAAGAAAAACCAUGUCAAUGUGUGGAAUGUGGGAAAAUAUUUCAAAAGAAAAGUUCCUUUAUUUCUCAUAAAUGUACCCGUACCAAAGAGAAAUCAUAUAAAUGUCUGGAGUGUGGAAAGAGCUUCCGUGAAAAUGGAUCUCUGACUUCCCAUAAAAGGAUCCACUCGGGCAAGAAGCCCUAUAAAUGCACGGAGUGUGGGAAAUGCUUCUGGAGGAGCAGUUCCCUUUGUUCGCACAGAAGAAUCCACACAGGAGAAAAGCCUUACAAAUGCACGGACUGUGGAAAAAGCUUCUGUGAAAAUGGAUCGCUUACGUCCCAUAAAAGGAUUCACACAGGGGAGAAACCUUACAAGUGCCCAGAGUGUGGAAAGAGAUUCAAUACAAGCAGUAAUCUUUCCUCCCAUAGAAGGAUACAUUCCGAGGAGAAACAAUAUAAAUGUGUGGAGUGUGGAAAGAGCUUUAGUCAGAGUGCUUGCCUUAUUUCUCACAAAGAAUCCCAGGGAGAAAAACCGUAUAAAUGUGUGGAGUGUGGAAAAAGUUUCAGAGUGAGCAGUCACCUUAUGGCCCAUAAAAGGAUCCACACAGGGGAGAAGCCAUAUAAAUGCAGGGAUUGUGGAAAGAGCUUCCGAGAAAACGGGUCCCUCACUGUUCAUAAAAGGAUCCACACAGGGGAUAACCCCUAUAAAUGCACGGAAUGUGGAAAACACUUCAGCAAUAGCAGUUCCCUGACGUGCCACAGAAGGAUCCACACCGGAGAGAAACCCUAUAAAUGCUCGGAGUGUGGAAAGAGCUUCAGUAGCAGCAGCAACCUCACGGCUCAUAAAAGGAGCCACUCGGGAGAGAAACCGUAUCACUGUCUGGAGUGUGGGAAAAGCUUCAGCACGAGCAGCAGCCUGACGUCCCAUAAAAGGAGCCACUCGGGAGAAAAACCGUACAAAUGCCCGGAGUGUGAAAAGAGCUUCAGCACAAGCAGCAGCCUAACGUCCCAUAAGAGGAGCCACUCGGGAGAAAAACCCUACAAAUGCCCGGAGUGCGGAAAGAGCUUCAGUACAAGCAGCUACCUGACUUCUCACAAAAGGAUCCACACGGGAGAGAAACCCUAUAUAUGCACGGAGUGCGGGAAAAGCUUCAGCAACAGCAGUAGUCUCACUUCCCACAGAAGGAGCCACACAGGGGAGAAACCCUACAAAUGCCUGGUCUGUGGGAAAAGCUUCCGGAAGAGCAGUAAUUUCUCCUCGCACAAAAGGAUCCACACAGGGGAGAAACCUUAUAAAUGCAGGGAAUGUGGGAAGAGCUUUAGUCAGAGCAGUGACCUUAUAUCCCAUAAAAGGAUCCACACCGGGGAGAAACCCUACAAAUGCAUGGAGUGUGGGAAAAGCUUCAAUACCAGCAGUAACCGUGCUUCGCAUAAAAGGACCCACACAAGGGAGAAAAUCUACAAAUGGAUGAAGGUACAUGUUAACAAAAGCACAAGCAUUUCUAAACGUAGAAGGAUCCAUACCGGAGAGAAACCAUAUAAGUGCACGGACUGCGGGAGAAGCUUUAGGAAGACCACGGCUUUCAUUUGCCACAAAAGGAUUCAUGCGGUGGAGAAACAUUAUAAACUCAUAGAAGGUGAAACUGGAAUAUAAGACAACAGACGUUCUAUUUUUUUUCCCCUUUAGAGGAGAUUUUAAGAACCUCAAGAGCCCUUUUCACAAUAAAAUUGCAUAUAAUCCCUUGAAAAUAUAUAAAUAGCUUGUUGAAAAUUCCUUUGGGAAUUUGAGGUAAAAUGAACAUAAUCACAUGUUUAAACCUAAUAUUUAUUUAGAUUUGGGGAAGACGUUCCCUCAUUUCUUUAAUCGCAUUCAUUUAAAUGAAUUUCUGGGACAUUGAAUGUUGUCUUUUGCAAGCCACCCUGUGAAACUUUGUAACACAAAACGUGAUUCUAGGGAAGGUGGAUUUAAUUCAGCUCCUUUGUGUAAUUGUCUUAAGAGUUACUAUCCGAGUCCAUUAUACUGGCACAAAUAAUGUAACGGUUCCCCUCGCACAUGUGAUAGUCGUAUCCGACUCUAGGUGGUGGUGCUCAUCUCCCUUCAAAGCCAAAG